GAUAGUUGUUUGGUGAGUUGUGGAUCAAGUUCACGCUUGAAAUAAUAUUGAUUGGGCCUAAUUGUUUCGCAGAAUAGAAAAGAAACAACAUGGCUACUCUUAACUUCUCUGGAUCAUUAUCAAAGUCAGAUCCUCAAAAUAACCCAGUUUUAAUUGUUGGUCAACCUAGGGAUUUGGGCAAACUCACUUUUGAAAAUGUCAAGGUGAAACUGGAACCUAGGGUCGAUGCAGAGACUUUUAAAAUGGCUGUCACAGAUCUGACUAACACUUGUUCACUAUGGUUAAAUAAUGCUACUGUAGCAGCACUACCUAGUAAGUGUAGUAGACACAAUACACCAUCACGAUGUCAUUCAUUGAGUAAAAUAGUUAAAAGUUGUUUAGUUGGUGGAUCAGAGUUCAUUGUGCUAGUUUGUGAAAGGAAGGAUGUAUUGGCCUCAGCCUGUGCCAUAGCUCGAACCUUGCCUCUCUACUCUGCAAAGUCUAAAUCUAGUUCACCUGAUAGAGUAAUAACAGUAGAAGUUAUAUUGGUCGGAGAAAAUGGUAUUUUAAAUGAUACUUUAGCAGAGUCUGAUAUUAAAUGUUUAUCAGCUGCAAGUGAAUCUGUACGACUUAGUGCUAAGAUCGUUGAUAUGCCAUGUGCUGAAAUGAAUACUGAUGAUUUUAUUACUGAAAUAAGAAAAGUUGCUAAAGAUUUAAAUAUUAUUCCUGAAAUAAUACAAGGAAAAGAAUUGGAUCAGAAGCAAUUUGGAGGUAUUUAUGGUGUUGGUAAAGCGGCAGAACAUCCACCAGCUCUAGUUGUAUUAAGUCAUAAACCUGCUGGGGCCACUAAAACUAUUGCAUGGGUUGGUAAAGGCAUUGUUUUUGAUACUGGAGGAUUAUGCAUUAAAUCUAAGACUGGUAUGUGUGGUAUGAAAAGAGAUUGUGGUGGAGCAGCUGGUAUACUAGGAGCCUUCUGGGCUGCUGUUAAAUUGGGUUUCAAGCAAAAUUUACAUGCUCUAUUUUGUCUUGCUGAAAAUGCUGUUGGACCUACAGCUUGUAGACCAGAUGAUGUACUGUAUAUGUAUUCUGGGAAAACUGUUGAAAUAAAUAACACAGAUGCUGAAGGACGUUUGGUGUUAGGUGAUGGAGUAGCCUAUGCUAAUCUAGAUUUAAAAGCAGAUGUUAUUGUUGAUAUGGCCACACUAACUGGUGCACAGGGAGUUGCUACAGGUAGAUAUCAUGGUGGUAUAUUGACUAAUAAUGAAGAUAUGGAAUUAGCUUGUGUUAGAGCAGGUCAACUUAGUGGUGAUUUAGUACAUCCAGUACCAUAUUGUCCAGAACUACAUUUUAAUGAAUUCUCUAGUACUAUUGCUGACAUGAAAAAUUCUGUUGCUGAUAGAAGUAAUGCUCAGGUAUCGUGUGCUGGAUUAUUUAUUGGGUCACAUAUAGGAUUUGACUAUCCUGGUAUCUGGCUGCAUAUUGAUAUGGCUGCUCCAGCCUAUAUUAAUGAUAGAGCUACAGGAUAUGGUGUGGCAUUGUUAAAUUCUGUUUUUGGUAGUUAUUCAGAGAAUCCAUUAUUAAAUUUAACAGCACCAGAUUUACUUCAAACUAUGGAUUGUAAUAAUGGUAAUUCACCUAAAAAGAUGAAAACAUAAGAUAUAAUUUUUCUAGUCUUAUGUAAUGUUUCAUGAAGACUGCUUUUCUAUGGAUUGCUAUAAAAAUUAUUUGUUUUAAUUGUGCGUUUACAUGUAGUGAUGUUAUUUACACCAUAAAACAAUUUUUCUUUAUAAAAUUUUAAUAUGUGAAGAUGACUUACAUUUCUCUUUCAAGGGUGUUUCAAACUCAAUCCAUUGCAAGAAUCUAAGCUAAUCAAUAAUUAAUCUGUUUUUGUGAUAUUUCUGUGCUAAUUUAUAGAUAAAUAACUCGCUGUAUUCAUAAAUGUACUACUUUGCUGUUGUAUAUUUGACAUAUCAUGAUAUAAUGUAUAAAUUAAAACAUUUUAUUUCAUUCAUAUUCAAUCAGUCAAUAGUAACCUUGGAAAUAUAAUUAUUUUAUUUUGGAAACAGGAAUAUUUUAUUUAGGUAUGAAGAUAUUUAUUAAACAAUUUGAGGUAUAUUUCACAUUUAGAAAUGAUUAUUGUAUGUUGUCUUAUUUAUGUAAUGUGUUUGUUUUUCAUCCUGAUUUGAACAAAAUCAAUCAAAACAAAAUUUUAUUUUAUAUUCACAUGGUCUAAUAGAUAAAUCUCUGUGCAAAG